AUGAAAUUCGCUGAGAAGCUAAAACAUCUGAAGGUGAAGUCAUGGGAAGACAAAUACAUCGAUUAUAAGUUUUUGAAAAAAAUUAUAAAAAGGAAAAAAAAUGCAGAAAUAUGUAGUUUAUAUGAACGGAUUGAAAAAAACAACCAGGACGUUCUGGAGGUGUGUAACAUACUCACCUCUGAUAAUUUAGGUGAAAACGGCAAAGAUAAAAAAGGGGGAAAAUAUGAAGACGUCGAAUGUGGGGAUAUCGAUUUCACGUACCUCUUCUUCUGGGUACUACAAAGUUAUAUUAACAUGGUUAGGGAACACUACGAACAGGAAUUUAACUACCUGAACGACAAGGUCAAUGAGAUCAAGACGUUCCUCAUGAGUGACAAGAUUAACUUAAAAGACAUGGAUGUAAUGAAGACCAAGUGUUUGCACAUUUACAACAUGUUUGACAUUCUGAACAACUACCUGAACAUUAAUGUUCUUUCCGUUUAUAAAAUUUUGAAAAAAAAAAACAAAAAGGAGAAGCUCUCUACUUCGCUGGACUUGUAUCAGAAGUACUGCAACACGUUGCACCAGAUAAGCCGCGAGGAGGAAUUCAACGACAAAAUCAAGUCGACCUACCUGUCCAUCCAGAAGAAAAGAGGAGACAACUGCGAGAAGCUGGACUUUCUAAACUUCAAAAUCUACCUCAAGAAUAAAAUAGAAAGCAUCUGGCAGUACAGAGGCAUCCUCUACACCCUCUGUGGUAUUCUCAUCAUCCUCGUCAUCAACACGAUUAUUCUACUCUACCUGAACAAGAACAACAUAAACGUUAAUACAAUUUUGUCCAUCCUGCCGAUAUAUAGGCUGCUAUACAUUUUAAACUUUUUCUUCCUCUUCAUCUUCGGCUCCUUUCUGUUCAUGCAAGUCUACGGCGUCAAUUUCACGUACAUCCUCGACCUGAACAAAAUUAUUGUGGACGAAUACUACUACCUGAUCAACGUUGUGAUUUUUCUCCUUUUCCUCACGACGCUCUCCUUGCUCGUCUUCCUACUGGACGUUCUCUUCAAGCUUAACAUUUUUUCCAACAUUUUCCAUGUGUUCAUCCUUUUUAUUCUCCUCUUCUGCACCACAAUCAUUCCCGUUAAUUUUUACAAGUACAAGGAGACCAACUUUGUUUUCUCUUCCCUUCUGCGGGUUUUGUCCAGCGGUAUUUUCCUAGUUAAUAGUGUCAACCUGCUGGACAACAUCAUCGGUGAUAUUCUGACGAGCCUAUCGAAGACCUUCUCAGAUGUGCAGUACUUCGUCUGCUUUUUGUUAAACGGAAUGAAGACAAAUGCGCCUGCCAAGUGUCCAAUAUUGGAAGGCUACAUCAACCCCGUUUUCGUGGGGCUCCCUUUUUAUUUCCGCUUCUGUCAAUGCUUAAUCAGAUACAACAACGAGAGGGAGAAGAUUCACAUUUUUAACAUGCUCAAGUACUUGUCCGGAAUAGUCAUCGUGAUAUGCACGUCCUUUAACUGGGCCUACCUCGGUUUGGGCAAGAACACGAGCAAAAUUAUCCUCAUCUGCGCCUACGUCGUGGGAUCCUCGUACAUGUAUUUUUGGGACUUGUACUGUGAUUGGGGGCUCCUCAAGGAGUACAACUAUUUGUUAAGGAAGAACAAUAAUUUGAUGUACCCCCCGCAUUACUACUACUUUGCCGGAUUGCUAAAUUUGGUCUUCAGGUUGACGUGGGCCGUCACCCUCAUGCCGAUUACCAUCUUCCAGCAUAAGGAAAUAGACGCCUUCCUAAUAACCUUCGUUUUGAUGUUCAUCGAAGUCCUCAGGCGAUCAAUAUGGAUUUGCUUCCGCCUGGAGAACGAACACGUGACAAAUGCGUCCAAAUACAGAUCCAUACUAUGGGUCCCAAAAAUGACGAAGAAGAAAAAGUUUUGA